ACUACCAGGCGGUCACACCACCUGCAACUGUACCAGCCAUUGGGCAUCAGAAUGCUCCACCACCGAUGACUCACCCCCCACACCCACACCCUCCUCCACCUCAGGCAGGAUACGUGUAUCCGCAAUAUGGCUGGGUACCGGCCUUGGCACCUCCGCCACCUCAGGCAGGAUACGUGUAUCUGCAAUAUGGCUGGGUACCAGCCUCGGCACCUCCGCCACCUCCAGCUCCUCCUCGGCCACCGGCUCCGAAUUGGAAUUACAGCCAGCCGAGCUACCAUCAGAAGACACCUGUUGCUAACUCGUUUCCCGCAUCAGGGAAUCGGGCUUGGUUUACACGCGAACAUCUCGAAUUAAUCGAGAAAUGGAAGACGAAGGAGCUCGAAGAAUCCAAGAAACCCACAGAAGACUCCUGCGAGAGUAGUAAGCAAGGCGCAACGAAGAAGGGACGAGGGAAAGCCACAUCAAAGUCCGAAGACGGGGAGCAGAACUUGAAAACUUGGAUGGUAGAGAAUUUUGGGAGCUCUUUGACGAAAAUCGCUGAGAAGCUUGAGGUUGUCGACAAGAAAUCCAAGGAAGCUGAGGUGGAGCGAGUGAAACUCGUCAAAAUGGUGCAAGAGAUCGAAGGGAAGGGUGCUACAGAUGGUGGGAAUAGUAAUGAGAAGAGGAAACAGGUGGUGGGAGUGAACUCACCAACCAUAGAGUGGCAGAAGUUGAGAUCGAGAUCUCGGAGUGGUGGUGUAAAGAUUAGACAGCCGCGCAUCGAUGUCUCAUCCGACAAUGAGAAAGCUGAUCCGGCGAGCACUACAACCAACAGUAAUCCAGGCAACGUAAAACAGGAGGACGUUAUGAAGAUGUUGUCGGUAAUCACGGGCAAGGUGCAAUGUGAGAAUGCAAACUCGGGGACGGGCGCCGCCGACACACACACUAAGAAAGGGAGCACCGUCGUGAAUAUAGUCGAGGAAGACAACAGCACCGAAUCCGAGGACGAGAUGGACAAAUUGAAGCUUAACCGAGGGAGUUGCGCAAAGAGCGAUAGGACUGAGGCAGGGAUCAUCGAGUACAUGAGACAGAGGCUCGAUCACUAUAUGGACAUGAAUGGGACGAAGAUCAAGAUCCUCUGCCUCAAGAGAAAUGUGAAAUGGGAGAGGAAGGAUAAGAGCGCUUGGGAACUAGCGAAACAAGACACUGGCGAGUUUUCAAAGUUGGUGCAUGGCGACAACGAACAAGAAACUGAACCAGAUCCGGAAGAAGAAGAAGAAGACAAUUGCUCCGAUGGAGAUGCCGACGACGACGACCUCGUUGGCAACUAGAUCGACAAGCGCAGCCUGCUGCGCAUCCUCAGAGUGAUUAGUGAUAGGAUUCCAACUCUCCAGGGCACGUGCGGCUACUUUUUGA